AUGCUGGACGAUAUUGAGGGUGGUUCUCAGGGCACCGUACUAUCCACGAAUGGCGCCGACAUUGACGAUACCCUUGCUCGCUACGGCGAUAUGGAGUCCGCCGCUGCGCUCCCGGGCAGUGACCUCAAUGAACAAGGGCCUCGGAUGCUUGUCGACGUCAGUCCGGCAACUAGCUUCGCGGAGAUUGGACACACCGCCGCGGCCAGCUUUACACUGAACUAUCUACAGACCAUGGCCCUUCAACUCGUUUGCCUGUUUCUGGACAAGUAUACUGCCAACCCGGACUCAGCCGGUCAGCAUCUUCAAUACACCGGCGGGCCAGGUGGCACGGGAAAGUCGAGGAUUAUCGAUGCCCUGAAGGGCGUGUUCGCGGCGAGGAACCAGCCGCAUCUUCUGCAGAUAACCGGCACGUCGGGCAGUUCGGCGGCCCAUAUUGGCGGCACGACCAUCCACUCGGCCUGUGGGUUAGAUUCCAUCGCGAUCCAAACAAACCGCCUCCCCUUCUCGGAGGCGAAGAAGUGGAUCUGGAAACAGAAGCUGGUACUCGUGAUUGACGAGGUCAGCAUGCUGGGAGGAGCCACUCUGCACAACGUCAGUCGUCACCUGCAGGCACUCCGUGACUGUCCGGACGAACCGUUUGGCGGCAUGCCCGUCGUCCUACUGAUGGGAGACUUCUACCAGUUCGCCCCCGUGCGGGAAACAAGCCUACUGAUCAUCAGACCGCCGGACCGAACAGAGACCCCCCUGCGACAGGCGACCAUCUCUCACCACAGCGGCUGCAGAUUGUGGCAUCUGUUCAAAACCGUGGUGCUCCUCGAAGACCAAGUCCGCGCACGCAACGAUCCCCAACUCCGUGCACUCCUGGAUCGAGUUCGUAACGGGCGCCAGACCCAUCAAGAUCUGAGCUUGCUCAACGCCAACAUUGUAGGACGCUCGCAAAUCACCUUCCACGAUGGUUUGCGCGCUAUAACGCCGCUGAACUGCACCCGGUGGGCCCUCAACAUGGAAGCUGUUGUGGGCUGGGCGCGCUUCAACAAGCGGCACAUCCGUAUCUUUGUCUCGACUCACACCUGGCGUAGCGGCGCGCUUUCUCCAGACAUCGUAGCGCGAACCGUCGGACAAGGCGACGACUCUGCCUGCAAAGUCCCCGGCGUCUUCUUCUACGCCCAGGGCAUGCCCGUGGUUGUGAACAAGAACAUCUACACUGGCCUGAAGGUUGUGAAUGGGGCCGACUUUACCGCCGUGGACGUGAUAAUCGAUCCCAAUCACCCGGGAUACUGCUUGGCCGAUGACGUGACCAUCCACUUCGGGCCACCACUCGGCAUUCUUCUGCAGUCCGAGGAGACGAAAGCCUUGGCGAUACCGUCCUCCCUGUGGGGACGGGUAAAACGUUCGUCGAAGUACUGUUGGAGCUGCGUGGAAAUCGUGUGA